AUGGACGAAAAACUACCUGAAAAUGUGGAUGUAGUGGUCCUUGGCACCGGUCUACCCGAAGCUAUUCUAGCCUCAGCUUGUGCUCGAGCCGGUCUCUCUGUUCUUCAUUUGGAUAGAAAUGAGUACUACGGUGGUGAUUGGUCAUCGUUCACAAUGUCAAUGGUACACGAAGUCAAUGAGAAUAAGACCACGCCCCUAACCACCGAACAAAUCGCUGAAAUCUCCAAAAUCCAUGUGAAAGAAAACGAGAAAUUAAUCGAAUUGGGGAAUCGAGAAGUCGUCGAAAACAUUGAGAUGACGUGGAUUCCACGUGAUUCAGAUGAGAAAUCAAUGAAAGAAAAAUUGGAAGAAAUGGGACAAAUGAGACGAUUCUCCAUUGAUUUGGUGCCCAAAAUACUCGUUUCCAAGGGGAAUAUGAUCUGGAGUGCCUUAGACGAGUUCUUAGAGUACAAAUAA